CUUCACAAAGGCACGCACACAAAUCUAAGUAUGGAUUCCCCAGCCCACGUGAAACGACCCAUGAAUUGUUUCAUGGUGUGGAGCCGAGAGAAGCGCUACCACAUCCUCAAGGAACACCCUGGAAUUAACAACGCUGAAGUGAGCAAAGCCCUCGGUGCCGCAUGGCGUAAACUGUCUGAAGCGGAUAAAGAACCAUACGUGGAAGAGGCUCGAAGACUGACAGAACAGCACAAGACGGACAACCCUGGAUAUAAAUAUCAACCAAAGAGACGCAAGCCUAAAAGAAAGCGAAAAACAGACAAGAAAAUUGCUCCAUCUACAACAUCUUUCAAAAAAAUUCACACUUGCAAAUCGUCUGGUGAAAAGAUUCAUUUUCCCUCAAAAAUGUGGUCUGAAUCUCACACAUCACUUCUGGACGAUUUGGGUGGAAGGCCGUCUGUGUUCUUUCCUUCACACCUCAGUGUUCCUUGCUUACCUCCGACGUUUCAAACAGGAACCACUCAUGAUUGGCGCUUAUGUCAUAGUUUCUACCCUGCACCUCAUUGCUACCCGCCUUGGGCUGGAGGCACGAGCGGGCAUUUUUGUAAUUUCGGGAGCACUUCCUGUUUUAGAAUAUUUAACUUGCAGGGAAAGCCUCAUAUACAACACAGAGAGGAUUCUAUUUUCAAUCCGUACAAGAUGUGAUUUUAUAAACUGAACUGAAUUAACUGUGUCAUUUCGUUUGCAAGAAGGAGCUACGACUAUCGUAGUGACGUUCAACUUCGCGCGGAAAACUAAGGACUUUGUAAGAAAACUUGUUUUCUAACUUCAUCUCAGGAUGUAUUGCAGGCACCACGUUUUUUAAAUCUAGGAGUACGAGGCUGUUCGUAAAGUAAAAAGUUUAUUUGCACGCCUUUUAUCUUUCGAGUAUUACAAAUAAUACUAGAUUUGAUUGUUCAUGGCUCAAGUAACUGCUAGAUACCGACGCUGAAGACGUCCUUAUACAAAGAUGCUUAAAGCUAAAGGUACCCACGCCGUAAACAAGAACAGUUGCAUCACAUUUUACCGCAAUGUUUAUCAACAAGAUAUCCAAGAUAUGACUAGUCGUUUCAGGUUUUAUCAUUAUUCUAGAAAUAGAUUCCCCGUGGAGAAAGGCGUGCCUUACGACAUUGUCUUUCUUGAGUAUUUUCAAACCUAGAACACUAACUUAUACUCGAUAAAGGCAGUUUGUUAGGAAAGCAAAUUCUUCCGAAUAUCUUCUUAGAAAUUCGCUUUUGAAUUCCAUGGUGGCUUUGUAACGGAACGUGACGUGGUUGUAAUGGAUGGUUUUUAAUGAAGGGCAAACUGGGUGGAGGCGAGUCCAGAGGCAAGUGAGGGAUUGUUUUUAAUGCGUUAUCCGGCUUGAUAUGCCGGAUGAUGCUUGAAAGGCCGAUGCUGUAUCGAACCAAUGAAAACUUUUGGAUUGAAGUUCAGAUGCCACUCCUGCACUGGCUAAUACAAACUAGUCUAAUAUAAGUGUCGUCCAAUAAGGGGCAAACUGAAACUAAGCAGCAAAGAAUUUCUAUCUACGCAUUCAGAGGACCAGGUUGCGGAAUUUAGGAGUACUAAGCGUAUUAUCAUGACACAAACUUAUAACUUCGUUCGCAGAUUUUAUGCCUAUUUUACCGAGUAGUCUGUUUCUCGCUUUCAUUUGAGGCUACUUUCAACUAAGUUUACUACGUACAAAAAUAUACAUUUUACUAUGAUAUAAUCACUAUCAGAGACACAUGAUUAUAAGUGCACUUUCAUUUGC